GUCGAUGCGGACGAGGAAAUCGGAGCAAUAAUCGUCGAAACAUGAGCGACAGACGAGGACUCGUCUUGGACUCAAACUCUAUGGGGCUGUCCAAUCCGGUAACUCCCACGAACUCGGGACAGCAGACGUCUCAGAAGGCGGUAAAGGUGCAGCUGGCGCUGAAGGAUCAGCAAAGCCAAAAGGCUCUACAGCAGGACACAGGGAAUGUCGAAAAUCAAUCCGGUGUCUUCACGGACUACAGCAACCAAGACCACUCCAGGUGCAAUGCUCGCACUGAGCCCAUAGCUACGGAGUACUUUCACCGUUUGGUGGACCAACUGCCUGAGGCACACGACAUGAGCGCUCAGAUGAAUCUGCAGCUGAACAAGACAUUCCUAAAACGGCUGGACGAGAUCGACGGCCUCAAUUUUCCGAGCGGAGAUUCAAAGCUGCGCCUGAUCAUUUUUUAAGAGUGGGUGGACGUCCUACUAAAUGUCAACAGCGUCAUGUUCACCAACUUGUCGGCAAUUAAAGGGGAGGCAUACGGCAAGAUCAUGGACCGCGUUCAGUCGGUCAGUGGGGAGCAACAGCAGACGCUGGACGAAAACCGAAAGCUGCG